AUGUACUUCAUUACAGCUCUUGUCCUAUCCGCGGCCCUUGGCUCACAUGGGGUAUCAGGGCUCAGUCGCUGGGGCGGGGAAUGCCCCUGGAAGGGAAGAACUGUACAAGGCACCCAUCCACAGCACGAUGUUCCCGAUACAGGGGAGAUACGGUACUACGACUUCACGAUCGCUCGCGCUACAAUCGCCCCUGAUGGUGUGGACAGAGCUUCAAUAUUGGUCAAUGGACAGUUUCCAGGCCCUCUGAUCGAGGCAAACUGGGGCGACUGGGUUGAAGUCAACAUCGUGAACGACAUUCGAGACCCCGAGGAGCCCACUAGUAUUCACUGGCAUGGUUUCAACAUGCCUGGCACACCUUGGUUUGACGGUGUUCCAAUAACCAGCCAGUGUCCGCUCAUUCCAGGACACAACUUAACAUAUCGUUUUCGGGCAGAUGAAUACGGAACGUCUUGGUAUCACUCACACGUCUCUGCUCAAUAUACCCAGGGCAUUGUCGGACCUAUCGUGGUUCAUGGCCCGAGUGAUCACGUUGAGUAUGACGAAGAUCUGGGUCCGGUUCUGAUCUCUGAUUGGUACCAUGGUUGUUUUACUGAUCUGCUCGAGAAGGCUCUCGGGCCUUCUACUCAGCUGGACGACAUAAGACCGUUAGCGGAUUCGAAUCUCCUAGCGGGCGCGGGUCGGUACCCCUGCACUGAUAUCACGGAUGGUACCCCUUGCACGGAUAACGUGCCUUAUAAGCGGUGGGAUGUAGAAGCCGGCAAAACCUAUCGGAUGCGUUUCGUCAACACUGGCAGCAGCUCGUUCUUCACGGUCUCUCUAGACAGUCAUGCCUUCACUGUCAUGGCUGUGGAUUUCGUGCCCGUGGAGCCCCAUCAAGUGGACAAAUUGGUUCUCUCCGUUGGGCAAAGGAUCGAUGUGAUAUUUACGGCCUCGGCAGAUUCAACGCAAUCGUAUUGGCUUCGAGCUUCAAACAGCGAGAUAUGCUCCGACACCCAAGCGGACAGCGAUGCGCUAGCUAUCAUCGCCUAUCCAAACGCACCGGCCGAAACCGCUCCUCAAUCAGUCGGCAUUGCUCAUCCCGCCAACCCUGUGUGCGAUACUGGUGACAUCUCACUGCUUCAUCCUGUCUAUUCUAUGCCGGUACAAGCUCCCGACCUCACGCUAAGUCUACACCUGAAUGCCGUUUUCUUUCCGGCGGGCCAUCUUCGCUAUGUUAUCAACAACCAAACUUUCGACUCUUCCAAUCUUUAUGGCCAGCCACUCCUGCACUCGGUUCUGGACGGCGUUACAACGUUUCCGCCUGAGAAUCAUGUCUAUUCGACGUACUCGGCACGUAUAGUUCGGCUUGUUCUCGUUUCCGAAUUCUUGCCACCUCAUCCUAUGCAUCUGCACGGCCACGACUUCCAGGUUCUGGCUCAGGGUGUUGGAGAGUGGGACGGAACGAUUACGAACCCCAUAAACCCUCUGAGGAGAGACGUCCAAGCGAUGCAUUUCGGUGCCAACGCGAGUGACCCGAACAUUGGUCCCAACUAUGUGGUUUUGCAGUACGAGGCCGACAAUCCCGGAGUGUGGCCGAUUCACUGCCAUCUAGCGUGGCAUCUGGCCGCGGGAAUGGUAACCUCGCUCAUUGAGAGGGCGGACGAGCUCCAAGCUAUGAAGAAUGAUGUGCCGGUGGAGGUGCUGGAGACCUGUACGCUCUAUAAUGAUUGGGCAAGGAGGCAAGAGGGCGUUUGGGGCGAGGCGGGUCCUGGGUUGGAAGCCGUGCCAGCUGCUGCAUCGCCGAAGCGUCGAUGA